CCCGCCGUGGGGGCCGGCUCCAGGCUUUGCUCUCUCUGCUCGCUCCUGGCUCCAGCGAGCUCGGGCUGAGUGGCUGGGGAUAGCGCCCGCCCAGCUGCGCCCCUCGACGGGGAGGCCUCCUGGAAGGAAGACCAUCGACAUUCCGCUUUGGCCCCCGCGUUCUCCCGGCUGCCUUUUCUCCGUGGUUAUUCACUUCUCUGUCCUGCAGGAGCCCGAGGUGCCCACUUCUCUCUUUGGCAAGACUUGCGAACUUCUGUCUUUUUCGCGCCUCCCGGGCAGGGAGAUGGCAGAGCUUAGUGGGCCUAGGACACCAAGCUGGGCUUUCUCAGGCCCCUAGUGAGGCAAGGGCUCAGUUCCCUGGGCACCCGGGAUCCGCCUUAGUUUCCCUGACCCUUGAACCCCCACAUUCUACGUCUCCUUCUAGUCCCUGGGCUGCUAUCAGGGGCGCUUCUCCUCGCCCCCUCCCACACUGGGGCAAGCCCGGUCACAGCUCUCCCUCUCCCAGGACAAAGCUUGCUGCCUCCUUCAUCUCGGGUUGGAGUCAUGUAAACAGAGGUGGCAGUGAGCGAGGGGGCAGGCAGAGGCAGUGGUUGGUGGUGAGUCGCGCAGCUGUUAGUCCUGAUCCUCCUCCGCUACGAUCCCAGCCCGUCCGACUCCCGGUGGCCUCUCACAGAAUUGUCAUCUGUGAAUAGGUUAUCUCUGGCUCUGUUAUCCUCGGUGGGGAAAGCAUUUAAAAUGCCAGAAAAGAUUUGGGAGUGAUUCUAUUAUUUAGACCAACUGCAAGAGCCUGCAUCUUUCCUCAUUCCAGGUAAUAGGUCUCUCAAGCGAAGAGAAAUUUGUGAAUCGCAGCAAUGGUUGAGUCUGGCUGCAAAUGGAAAUUUGGAUCUGCUCUCAAACGCUUUCUGGAAUAAUUGUGUUUGACUGGAAUCCAAUUCUUGUGAAGUCCCCAAGGAUGAGAGUCUCUGCCAGAUCAGUGCUGUUGUCUCAUUGGCUCCUUCUGGUCUCCGUGCUAAUGGUAUGCAGUAAACUGUUGUUGGCCUCUAGCCAUCAUCUCCGGGGACACCCAGGUCACCACCAGGUCAAGCAAGGGACAUGUGAAGUGGUUGCCGUGCACCGUUGCUGCAAUAAGAACAGGAUUGAGGAGCGAUCCCAGACUGUCAAGUGCUCUUGCUUCCCAGGGCAGGUAGCGGGUACAACAAGGGCUCAGCCUUCCUGUGUUGAAGCCUCCAUUGUCCUACAGAAAUGGUGGUGUCAUAUGAACCCAUGUCUGGAUGGAGAAGAUUGUAAGGUACUUCCGGAUUAUUCUGGAUGGUCUUGCAGCAGUGGCAACAAAGUAAAAACCACCAAGGUCACACGGUAGCCCAGAAUUAGCUGUGCUUUAUUGUUGGUGAGAAUACAUGUGCCAGCAUGCUCACUCAGACGAUGCCAUAGACAUUUAAGUGAAGAUUUCCUUGGACUUGAGGAAUUUGAGUCUCCAAAUGGGCAUCUUGGAUGGCAGCAUCUCCUACCUGUUCUAGCACCGCUUACUUUUUAGGAUGUCUCCUAUUUGGGAUCACAACAAAUUUAAGAAAACUGAAUUUGUCUCUUAAAUAACCCAUUCUGGUUCCCAAGGAUUACAAGUUUUUGAGAAAUCCCCUAAAGUUUGAAAGCAAAUUGUUUCUUUCAUAAAAGUGAUUAUUUUGUUUUUCAAGGAGAACUGAUUGAAUUUGAAACAACCCACAGCUGUCCUUUAUGUGUAUAUUUGUGUUCCCCCCACCCCUGCCCCAGUAUACAAUGCAUUGGUUUGGGCUGAAACUUACCCAAAUACCUAAUGGACUUGAAAGAAGAUGCUAAGAAAGCAUGUUGUCAGUGAGUUUCAUGGGUUUGGAUCAAUGAAAUAGGGGAAGUGAAUUUUAUGAACCUUAACAUCAGUGAGCUCUAUAUUUUGGCUACAAUAUGUACAAUUUCUCCAUAUCAUUUCAGAUUUUGACUUGUUGGGAAUAGACUGACUGUUUUAAUAACUAUUUGUUAGAUAGACAAAUAGUUGAGUAUGAAUUAUUCUUCAGGUGUUGACUUCUGAAUGUGAAAUAGUUAGGCAUUAGUGCAACAUCUCUUCCUAUAUUCUGUUAAUGAGAUACCUAUUAAGGGCAGAUAUAGAAAGAGAGGAAGGUUUGUUUAGAUUUUCAGGCUUAUUCAACUACAUUUGAAGAAGUUAUUUAAAAUUCAAAAAUGUCUGUUCUAGAUGAAAAAGAAUGAUCUCCCCUUGAUCCAGUUUAUGGUAAUUAUAAGAAUUCUGCAUUCAAUUCUUUACCGGAACCAAUUGUUUAAAAUGCCCACUUUUGGGAAGGAGAUAAUGAUUUCAUAUCACUUUAGAUGUUUCUCCCAUUGUUUUCCCCAUCAGUGCAUUAUUCAUCUUGUUUCUGGAAAUGUAACUGUCAAAGGAAGUGGAACUUGAGUUCCUUUUCCCCUUGCUUUAUUGGUUUGAAAUUCAGAUGCCUCCAAAUAGACCAAAAUACAGUGAUGCAAAUAUUCUGAUGAAUGGCUCUUGACCCAGAUGCCAAGUGUAUAGUGAUUAUGAAUAUGUACACAUUAUUCUAAUACCAUGGGACUGAUUUUUAUAUUUUCAGAAUUGCCAAAAACUUAUACUUUGUUGCACUGAUUUAGUUCAAUGUACACAUUCUUUUUAGUUUAUGAGCAGUAGCACCAUUACCAGAAUGCUGUUUUAUUAACAGUGACAAUUAAAAUUUGAUUUUACUCCUAUAGAAUGAUCAAAGUCAGUUGCAAAGAACCAGCUGUGUGAGUCAUUGUUUGGUUUUUAGGAAUUUGUGUUUUAAUUUUAUAGUUUCCUACUCUAAGAGUCCUGAUAGAUAUUGUAUUAGUUAAUAAGUAAAAAACAAAACAAACACUUUCUGUGAUGUUUGAAGGGUGUGUGAUUAUUCUAGACUGGAGAAGAGUGUGCAUGUUCUUAAACAUCAUAGACUGAGUUUUUUGUUUGUUUGUUUUUGUUUUUGUUUCUUUAAAGACCAAGUCUCUCUAUAUCUUCCAUAAGUUGGAAGUAUAGGGUCUGAUCACAGACUGAUCCCAUUAUUAAUUGGUGUGAAAACUUUGGUCUUUUCUGUUGGGACUGAUUCAUCUUUCCUUGGGCAACCUGUGCCUCCCCUCUCCCCCACUUCCUGGGAUCUCACCAUAUUAAUGCCAAAGUCACUGAAGACAUAGCCUACUGAAACUCUGAGCUCCUCAGAUUGAGAUCUGCCAGCUUCUGUCUCCAGUUAGCUGUGAUUAAAAUCAUGUGCUGCCAGUUUUAGCUUUGGAUCUUUAGUGAACUGGCAAAAAGAAAGGGCAGCCUUCAAAUCUAAGGCAACCAUGCUUUUGAGAAAGAUAAACUUUUUUAUUUGCCAAUGAUGUGGCAUGAAUUGAAGAUUAGUAAAAUUUAGAAAUAUUACUUGUAUGAUUUUUUCAUAGGACAAUCUAUUCCUAAUCUCUCCAUCCCACCCUAGUCCUCCAAGAUCUUUCUUUCUUAGCAUCAUGGGAAAAUAAAUAGAUUUGGAGCUAAAAGCAGCAUUAGUGGUCAUUUAGUCCAAUGAUCUCAUUUGACAGAUGAGGAAAAUGAGGCAGAGAAGUAAAGUGAUUUGUCCAAAGUCACACAGAAAAUUAAUGACAAUUAAUGCCUCAUACUCAUAUGUAAAGGACCUAAGACUUUUCAGGUGGGAGAGCUUCCUCCACCAAAGCCCUUUGCAGUGUGUCUGUGACUUAGAGUCCCAGAGAUUUGCCUGAGGCUCAGCCAAGAUAAAGUGAGUCACACAUGGACACCCAGCUAGUGUCAGAGAUACAUAAAGCCAUGGCUUUGUGAUUCCAAGUCCAUCAUUAUCAAUAUGCUAUUCUGUCUUUUAUGAUUUCAAUGUCAUUGUCAUUAGCUAUUCCCAGAGAAAACUUUGUGAUUGCAUUUUUUUGGGCAAUUUAUCUUUGGUUAGUACUUGCCAAUGCCUUUUCCAUUUAUUUUUGGGAGGAAUUUUUCUUCCCUCUUUUCCUGUUUCUUUCCAUCUCUCAACUUGUGAGUUUUUUGUUUGUUAGUUUUUUUUUUUUUGAAGUGGCUUUCUCACCUUCCCACUCAGUCAGUGGACUUGGAGAAAUGAUUCAUGGCUCGAUGAUCUGUAUCACUGAUGUCAAACUCAAAUAGAAAUGGGGCCCACUAAACCAGACAUAAGGAUUGCUGUGGGCAGCAUAUUGUCUUAAAAACCACAUGUUAACAUUAUCUAACUUCUAUUGUAUUUUUGUUUAUUUUAUCAAAUACUUCUCAAUUACAUUUUAAUCUCUGGUGCUGGAGGAUGUUGAGGA